GGCGCGGUGAGACAGACACACACGGCGGCGGCGGCGAGAGAGACACACACGCGCACGCAAGCAAGCAAGCACGCAAGUCAGAACAACAUGUCGACGAGCAUGGGAGUCGCGGUGGUGUGGGUUGUCGUGCUGGUGGCGCUGGCAACGUCGGCGAGGUCGCAGCUGCUGCUGCAGAAACCUGGCGCCUGCUCUCCCCCCUCCGUGCUGCAGGUGUGCUGGAAGACGUGCCUCUCCGACUUCGACUGCCCGGCGCGCGACAAGUGCUGCCCCACGUCUUGCGGCGGCAGCGCCUGCAGUCGCCCCGUCUCCGUCAGGAAGCCCGUCGCCAUGGCCAAGCCCGGCGCCUGCCCGCUGAAGCCGUCGGGGCCCUGGGUGUGCGCGAGUCGCUGCUCCGGCGACUGGGACUGCCGCGGAGACGCCAAGUGCUGCAGGAACAGGUGCGGCGCGCUCGCGUGCCAGCGGCCCGUACGCUAGCGCCGGGAGGCCCCGUCCGCUAGCGACCCUUCCCGCGCCGGGAGGCCCGUCCGCUAGCGACCCCUCCCGCGCCGGGAGGCCCGUCCGCUAGAGACCACCCCUCCCGCGCCGGGAGGCCCGUCCACUAGCGACCACCCCUCCCGCGCUGGGAGGCCCGUCCGCUAACGACCCCUCCCGCGCCGGGAGGCCCCGUCCGCUAGCGACCCCUCCCGCGCCGGGAGGCCCGUCCACUAGCGACCACCCCUCCCGCGCUGGGAGGCCCGUCCGCUAGCGACCCCUCCCGCGCCGUGAGGCCCGUCCGCUAGCGACCCAGCGCGCUCCGCCUCCACAGCAGGGCACUCCGUAGACCGUCAUCCGCAGCCAAGACCCUGCCACAUCGUCAAACAUUCCUCUCCGACCGUCACGAGCGUAUAUGGGAUGCGUCGAACCACUUCCCCCCCCCCCCCCCCCAAUCGGACCGCUUUUUGCAUUCAAUUUCUUUCCUUUUGUUGCUGGGAACGAUAGAUUUUUAUAGAUAAUGUUUUUUUAUAUUUUUUUUUUAGUAUUUCUACAACGAAGCAUCAGAGUUAAUAGGAAAAUAUUUAAAAAUUACAACAAAAAACUUAUUGUUUUUAGAAAAGUUAUAAAACUUUUUUAUUUUAUUUAUUUCUUUAGAUUUGGCAAUUUGUUCUAACAAAAUAUAUAUAUAUGUCAUAACACAUUUGCAAGCCUACCUACUGUGAAAUUAAAUUCAGAGUGCGAACUUUCGUACUUUAGAUGAAUAAUUUUUUAAUACUUGGGUGGAGCAUAGCUUCUAGUUUUUCUCCACCAAUAAAGUUGGACAGAUAAUCUCAGACAAGUUUCCAAACACGUCACACCAUCAAAACGGACGACGUAUUUGUACGAGCAUCACAUUUUUAAAGAUUUGUUCGAUGGAAACUGUAGUCAUCAAAACUUGUCAAGCUAGUGACGUUCUUUUCGGUGUCAUAAUUUUAAUCAUCAAUACUUUGCCUGAAUCUUUACAAAUGUCAGAUAAGUAAAACAUGCAUUUGGAGACAAAUAUUUGCUUCGGAACUGUAAAUGUAAUGAUUAUGUGGUGAAAAACCCGUAUAAAAUGUUUUAGUAAAAAAAUUACUCAGUGCAAAUUCAAUCAUACAACACGACGACAAACUUUAAGUAACAUUUUUGAGUAAUGAUAAACUACGUCUCACUAACCAAUAAAUUCCUUGAUGACGAUCCAACUAAAAAUUCAUUACCACUAUGUUUUUUUUUUCAUGCUGCAAAAGAAGAUUAUAAUUUAUUAUUAUAUUUAUGUAUUUAUGAAUGUUUGUAAGAAUGUGCCACUGUAUUUAUAAUGUUUAUUAAAACAAAUAAAAUGUUCUUUUUGUGAA